AUGUCCUUUUCUAAUGGUCCGAAUGGACUGCCACCAGGUGGGGGUACCGGUGGUGGUAGAUCUGGGAACAACUUCCAUAUUCCGACUUCACGAGAAAGCUGCAAUUCGCCCGGGCCGUUGCAGGGAAUCGCUACUCCGCAGACGCAAAAGAGCACGGCUAUCGUUCUAGGAAGCGCUCCUGCGGUUGCCGCUGCCAAUCCCACGACUGGUUCUUCCACACAAAGUGUGGCACCUGUGACAGCAGUUGGACCAACGGAUUCGCUGGAUUGUAGUGCAGAGGUUUUAUCUGCCUUUGAAUGUCCGGUCUGCCUCGAAUACAUGCUUCCACCCUAUUUGCAAUGCCAAAGCGGACAUCUUGUUUGUGGGAACUGUCGACCGAAGCUACAGUGUUGCCCAACGUGCCGCGGCCCUACACCAAGCAUCCGAAAUCUUGGACUUGAGAAGAUUGCAAACACGGUGAAGUUUCCCUGCAAGUUCAGCAAUUCUGGAUGUGGAUCGAUAUUUCAUCAUUACGAUAAAGUGGACCACGAAGAGACGUGCGAGUUCAGACCCUACAGCUGCCCUUGCCCUGGUGCGUCGUGCAGAUGGCAAGGAGCCCUUCAAGAAGUGAUGCCACAUUUAAUUAAAAUUCAUAAGAGCAUUACGACUUUACAAGGCGAGGAUAUUGUCUUUUUGGCUACCGACAUCAAUUUACCGGGUGCAGUUGAUUGGGUCAUGAUGCAGAGCUGUUUUGGAUAUCACUUUAUGCUAGUACUCGAGAAGCAGCCAAAAAAAGAAGCAGAAAACUUUAUGUACAGGCUUGAAUUGUCAACUAGUCGUCGUCGCCUUGUAUGGGAAGCCACGCCGCGGUCCAUUCAUGAGGGAGUAGCGCACGCCAUUUCACAAUCCGAUUGUCUUGCUUUUGAUACACCAACCGCGCAACUUUUUGCCGAAAACGGGAACUUAGGAAUAAAUGUGACCAUUACACAAGUCAACGAAUCAUUGCGA